AUGGACCCUUUGAAGGACCCCUCUUUCUCAUCAGGCGUUAAAGGAGAAACCCUCAUCACUCAGGCCUGGGCUCUGAUUGGCUGGACGUGUGAGGCCUGGGUUCUGAUUGGCCGGUCGUGUGAGGCCUGGGUUCUGAUUGGCCGGUCAUGUGAGGCCUGGGUUCUGAUUGGCUGGACGUGUGAGGCCUGGGUUCUGAUUGGCAGGUCGUGUGAGGCCUGGGUUCUGAUUGGCCGGACAUGUGAGGCCUGGGUUCUGAUUGGCCGGACAUGUGAGGCCUGGGCUCUGAUUGGCCGGUCGUGUGAGGCCUGGGUUCUGAUUGGCCGGUCAUGUGAGGCCUGGGUUCUGAUUGGCCGGUCGUGUGAGGCCUGGGCUCUGAUUGGCCGGUCGUGUGAGGCCUGGGCUCUGAUUGGCCGGUCGUGUGAGGCCUGGGUUCUGAUUGGCCGGUCAUGUGAGGCCUGGGUUCUGAUUGGCCGGUCGUGUGAGGCCUGGGCUCUGAUUGGCCGGUCGUGUGAGGCCUGGGCUCUGAUUGGCCGGUCGUGUGAGGCCUGGGUUCUGAUUGGCCGGUCAUGUGAGGCCUGGGUUCUGAUUGGCCGGUCGUGUGAGGCCUGGGCUCUGAUUGGCCGGUCGUGUGAGGCCUGGGCUCUGAUUGGCCGGUCGUGUGAGGCCUGGGUUCUGAUUGGCCGGUCGUGUGAGGCCUGGGUUCUGAUUGGCCGGUCAUGUGAGGCCUGGGUUCUGAUUGGCCGGUCGUGUGAGGCCUGGGCUCUGAUUGGCCGGACAUGUGAGGCCUGGGUUCUGAUUGGCCGGUCAUGUGAGGCCUGGGUUCUGAUUGGCAGGUCGUGUGAGGCCUGGGUUCUGAUUGGCCGGACAUGUGAGGCCUGGGUUCUGAUUGGCCGGUCGUGUGAGGCCUGGGUUCUGAUUGGCAGGUCGUGUGAGGCCUGGGUUCUGAUUGGCCGGUCAUGUGAGGCCUGGGUUCUGAUUGGCUGGACAUGUGAGGCCUGGGUUCUGAUUGGCCGGUCGUGUGAGGCCUGGGUUCUGAUUGGCAGGUCGUGUGAGGCCUGGGUUCUGAUUGGCCGGUCGUGUGAGGCCUGGGUUCUGAUUGGCCGGUCGUGUGAGGCCUGGGUUCUGAUUGGCCGGUCGUGUGAGGCCUGGGUUCUGAUUGGCCGGACAUGUGAGGCCUGGGUUCUGAUUGGCCGGUCGUGUGAGGCCUGGGUUCUGAUUGGCCGGACAUGUGAGGCCUGGGUUCUGAUUGGCCGGUCGUGUGAGGCCUGGGUUCUGAUUGGCCGGUCGUGUGAGGCCUGGGUUCUGAUUGGCCGGACAUGUGAGGCCUGGGUUCUGAUUGGCCGGUCAUGUGAGGCCUGGGCUCUGAUUGGCCGGUCAUGUGAGGCCUGGGCUCUGAUUACCAGUGAGACCGGCCAAAGUACCACGUAA